AUGGUAUAUCCUCAAUUUGUUUGUGGGACACUGUUGUGGUCGGCUACCGUUCAUGUAUCUGUUCAAACUUUUUCUUUCUUUUCUAAUAUCCGUUUACUAGGUUCACCGUCGUCGCCGGGUGGUCAACCUCGAAAUCUUCCAUGUUUAACUGCACACUUUGUUGGAAGAGACGUGGACGUAAAUGAAAUCGUAAAGAAACUGCAGACAUUUCGUAUGGUUGUUCUUCUUUCUAUCCCAGGAAUGGGGAAGACUGAAGUGGGAAUCCGUGUAAGUCACUUGUUAAAGCAAAGGGGAGACCAGUUUGUUGCGCAUAUUCGAGUAGAAAGUCAUCAUCGGAAGCUAGUAGAUAUCUGCAGGGAGAUUCUUGAUCGAUUAAGUAGUCGCACUUGGUCGCAAACCGCUGAUGUUAUCUCUCUUGCGAAACGUAAACUAUCGGAGCAAAAUAUCCCAACUGUCAUUGUACUAGACAACAGUGAGAAUAUACAGGGCGAGGAAUUUGAUAAAUUCACCAAAUGGCUCGUGAAAUCUGCCUCGAAUGUAAAGUUGAUAAUCACUACUCAAAAAGAUGUUGGAUUCUUAUCGGCAGACGUUUGUAAGUUUCCUCUCAAACCUUUGGAUCCCGACUCGUCUGCUGAACUGCUCCAGGGUCUUGUUGGGAACUGUAGUGAGGAACACUCCAAGGAACUUGCUAAAUUAUGUGGUGGGAUACCACUCCUUCUUGUGACCUGUUCUGACUUGCUGAACAAUGGUUUCAGUCGCGAGCUGUUAAUCCAACAGCUCGGAAACAAUCCCAUACAAUUUUUCAGGAUCAGCGCGAACGAUGUUUAUAACACGCUGGAAGUAUUUUUUAACAACUUUUCCAAUGAGGUAAAACAAAAUCUUGUCCUUUUUUCUGUUUUCCCAUCGGAGUUCUCAGCUCAAGACAUCCAGUUUCUUUUUGAAGAUCCUUUACAUUGUCAAACAGAGAAGACCAGGAUGGUCAAGUAUGCUCUUCUUCAGAGGGAGGCCGAGGGAAAGAUGAGGAUGCAUCUUUUGAUCCAAGCCUACCUCCGGACAGAGAAUGAAUCUUUAGGCAUGGGUGACCUGUGGCGCACCACUCAGCGAAAAUUUAACCAUCAUUACCUUAGUCAGCUGAGAUUCUUGAGCAAAGUAUUUAUUAGCAAAGAUUCAGCUUUGGUUGCGAUCAGUGAGUUUCGACAGCAGAAAGCGAACAUCAUGGAAGCGCUGAAGAAUUGUCUCAAAGAGUCCAGCGAUUUAGAUGACAAACAUUUCGUUUUAGACGUCGUUAACAGUACAGAAGUGCUGGGUUUUGUGGCAAAAGUUCUAACGCCCCCUAAAGAGUGCAGAGCGCUGUACCAGAAAUGCUGUGAUAUUGCUAAAGCGUCCGGCGAUAAGAAGAGGCAUGCAGAGAGCUUGAAUUCACUGGGAUUCCGUCGUCUCUGUGACGUGUCUCACAGCAAAGAUAGCCCUGAAGAAAACCCAGCCAUACUUGCGAAGUUUCAGGAAGCAUAUGAGAUGUGCAAGACAUUACCAGAGGAAGGAAAAAAGUCUCAAACGUAUGCGAACACCGUCAGUAAGCUCGGAGUAUGUUUGGUAUUGCAGGUGAGAUCAUAGUAAACAUAAAAGAAGACGGUGUGCCGUUCUUUUGUGUUGAUUUUCAUUCUUAUUUCUUCCUUUUUAAGGAUAAUUUUUUUCAAUGGCUUCCUUUUUAAGUACUAUCCCUGCAUUGUUUUUUUUGUGGGGCUCAUGAGAAUCUAAUGCCAUGGUGAGGUGUGCAAGUUCUCCUCUUGUACAGAAGAUUGUAGAAAAUCUGAUGAAAGUUUAUCAAUAAAGGCAAAAAUGGGCGAGUCUGCUUCACUCCUGUAGACUGGACCCGGAUAUUUACAAGAGUUCUUUGUUUCGCAGGAAGAAGAAAAAAAAGGACGAGAGCUCAUACAGGAAGGAAUAUUAAUAAGAGAAUCUUUGAACAACCGUUUGUAUGUUGCUCAUGGAUACUGUGACCUUGGAAGUAAGUCAAGUUUUUGGGUUAUACUCCGUAUAACACCCGCGUAUCCUUGUUGGAGACUGGAUGGAGGCUAAAAGGAUGAUAAGGCGCACUGUAAAAUUCCAAAUUGGGCGCUCGCUUUUAAUUAACCGAGAGAAAACAAAUAAAUUUCCAAUAAAAUGAGAAUUGAAAAGGGAGAUACUAAACUUAUGUAUUGGAAUCUCGUCGUCUUUCAUGGAGAAAGAGGGAACGGUCUUUUCUAUAGGCUUCGACGUGAAAGUGAAACAAACAACUCUGAAUGUUUGAUCCCUAACAGCCUAACUUCCGCUUACAUAUUCUCCACACAAGUAAUUGACAAGGAGAAUUUAGUCAACAACCAAGAUCUCGCUUCUUUGAUUGGCAAUCAUUUGAUUUAUUUUUCAUGCGCUUAAUGUUUGAUUCAAAAGGUGCUAUUGGAAGGAAAAAUUCGAAGUUAGGAACCUUGUGGUUUAAAAGGUUGAUAUUCCUUGGUUAGUCUGACAAUGAGUUGAUUUGUGAUCUGGGGAAGGAUUUGUUCAUUUGAGAAGGAAACUAAUGUUUCUAUACCCAUUUGAGAAAGAGCCUUUUAAAAGUUUAGGGCUUACAAGCUUUAUUUACAAAAUCACCCUCGACGCGUACCGGCUUUGAAUCAGAGGUCAGUCUCUUUAUCCAUAUCAGUUGUUUCUUUUUGAAACGCGGUAAGGGUUCAUUUAACUACGUAAAAGUUAUAUCUUGUCUUCACACUUCUCACACUUUGUUAGAUUCUUAUCGAUUGUGUGGUGAUCAUCAAAAAGCAAUCGACAUCUGGAAAGAGAACACUCUGCCAGUUUACAACGAUCAGCUUGGUGACCACCCCUGGACAGCUUCAAUUUUGUCCCAUAUCGCUGUCUCGUACAAGGCCCUUGCGGCUGGAAACCCUGAAAGAGAUUACAUCAGCCAGGCCGAGAAGUACUUCAGGGAGGCUCAAGGGCGACGAGAGAGGCUCUUGGGUCAUCAUCAGGAUACAGCUCGUUCGUGCGUUCAGCUUAGCGAUGUCUUAGUUCUUCAAGGACAAUUCGAUAAGGCUUUGGGGGAGCUUAAUAAGGCCUUAGUAAUUCAAAACGAUCUUUUGGGUCCUGACCACAAGAUCACGAAAAACACAGUGAGUAAAAUGAGUAAUGUGAUGGACAAACGGGGAUCAAAUCCUCGUUAAUUGCGUAUUCUCAAAACCGAAGCUCGAGGUAAAACUCUUGGGUCUUGGUGAACAGACUGAAGCAUUUAUACAAAACUUAUGUCAACUGGUAUCAAAAGCAAGUUUUUGCCUUCUUUUAUCAUCACAGAUGUAAGAUCCUUCCAGAAGUUCGAGGAGGUAAUUGGCGGCUAAAAAACCUUUGGAUUUUUCUCCAGGGAUUUCCUUUUGUUUUUCAUCGCCUAUUUCAUCCUUUUAAAGAGCAAAAGCUGAUAAAAACAAUUUCCAUCUACGCUGACGACGACUUCUCUCCUUUGAGGAGGUAUAUUUUCAGAUAUCGUAAUAUGUUUAUUUAAAACGUUAACAAGUAUAAAAACAGGCUGUACAUACAAAAAUACAACUGAAAAGACUUAAGUGAGUUACAUCUGUGAGAUUUAAGGCUAAUUUUGUAAUAAAACUUUGCUACUGACACAACUUUCCAGGAGGAUGUAGAUUUAGCUUCUUCCAUCAGGGUGAUAUUUUUCUGUCUACAGUGCAUGUUUGUAAGUUUACUACGAGUAGUCCCGCCUUUUCGGCGAAGUCCCUCACGCGGCUCAAAAAAGG